GACUGUUGCAUAGCCCUUCACAUUUGUUUACACCGACUUCACCAUUACAUGUGCGUUGUAGGCGACCCAAUUCGUCAAACUCCUCUGAAAAGCAAAGUUAUCUACUGUAUUUAGUUGCCCUGGAUACCUGACUUGCCUCAUGACGAGGAGGGUUCGACCAGUGUACAUAGACUUCUUGUAUCAAGAGCUGAGCACGAGACGUUCUACCGCACUCUUUUUGUGAGAGUCUAAUACUUUAUAAUGCCUUUCUACUCAAUUGCCAGUAGGGAGGACGACAACAAUUCAGAGAUAGCGGGACUUCUUGUGGAGGGAACAAAUGGAGAACUGGGCGAUGAAGUGCCUGUAAAGCAAAGUAAAAUCUGUCGGGAUUUUCUUAAAGGUGGCUGUAAACGGAAGUUUUGUCGGUAUCCUCAUGUGGUGUCACCCGAGAUGGUUGUAUUCUGUCAUGACUACCAAAACAGUAGUUGCAACCGACUUAAUUGCAAGUUUCUGCAUUAUUCCAUCCAUGAAGAAGAGUUCUAUCGACGUUUUGGUGAGCUUCCAGGAGAUGAUGAGCCACCACUGUGUCUGUUUCAUCGCCACCGGUAUAAGCGUACAUCUGAUGAUGGUCCUACACGCUUCAAACGCUUUCGUGAAGAUGAGGUAGAUGUGUUUGCAGUCCUGCGGCGUAUUGAGGAAGACGCUGCCAUGAUGCGACGUCGAGUCGAGGCCAACGAAAUGAAAAUUGCAGAAUUAAGGGCUAGUAAUGAGUUCUUGUUAGCACAAAUGCGUUUAACCACGUCAAGAGUAGUCAAUCCAGUGACCAGUACUGCACCUGCACAAGCACCGGCCACCGCCCAAGUACUCAGUGGCGUCUCAAUGGCACCAGUACAGGUUCAGGCAACACCGAUAGUGAGCAUGGCCGCGCCACAAACACAGAUAAUUGCGAGUAGUGGACCGCCGAUAAUCGCGGCUAAUACUUCUCAAGGUCAACAAUUGGCCAUUGCAGCAGCGGCUCAAACGCUAAGCACAUCCGCGCCUCCACUGCCUCAUGCGCCACAACUACUCAGUACAUCACAGAUCACGUUAGCACCAGCAUUGCCUGCACCUAGCAUGGGACUUACAAUUAAUACAAGUCAGGCGUUGGCCAUGAGCAACGCCACACAGCCCAUCAUUUCAUAUCCUGUCAUGACACAUUCGAUUUUGCCACACUAAGACCGCAAUUUUUGCAAUAAAGAAUAGUCCCCGUUCCUGGUAUUUCUAUCUCUGCGUAAAAUUGAAAACCUCUGAAUUCUACACUGUGAAUUUGUAUUCAGCUUCGUCUCCUGCAAUACGAGAAUGUCUAGCGCCAUCUGGUUACAAACAAUGAAGAGAUCUUGAAUUUACAAUCUGAAACUACAUAUUAGAGUUCAUUGCAAAAUUCUCACUUCUCUUCUCGAUUCCAUCAUGAAUAAGAGAUAGUUUGCGAUAGCAUGGACACGAAAUUCGUAAUAAUAAUAUACAUAAUUGGGAAUAAACUGUUUUCAAUUAAUUCUAUAAUUUCUUCAGAUACUCCGAAUUGAGUCAGAAUUGACACUACAAAUUCCUCUCUGUCAAAGGACACCGCAUACUGAUUAGACCGUUUAUUCAUCUUCUUCUUAGCCUCUGAUCUAUUCCUGAUGUCUCGACGUCUCUUGCUCUCUUUUUCAGUUUUCUCCGUCUUGUCAAUUUCUGUCCUCAUCAGUGUCCAGGUUAGUCUUCAUGGCGUCACCCGUCCCACAAAUACCAGCCUCUUGAAGCUUUCGCCCCUUUCGCCUAUGAAACUCCU